AUGUUGAGUGAUAAACCUCGGUAUUUGUUCGCAGUAACUAUACCGCUUCUAAGCUUUGGUAUGGUGCAAGGAUGGCUAUCACCAAUGAUCUCAGUGCUGCAGUCGCCUCAAGGACCAUCCCCGGAGCCGUACACCAGCACGGAUAUAUCCUGGAUGACAUCGGUUACCUAUAUUACUGCCAUUAUUUUCGGCGCACCUAUGGGGUACCUAACGGAUAGGUACGGAAGAAAAAUUAUGACCUUGAUCACUACGUUUUCUCUUAUUGCAUACUGGCUGAUUAAGCUUCUUAGUUUAAAUCCCUGGGCUGUAAUCCUUGCACGGGCGAUAGCUGGCAUCCCUUGUUCAGCGUGCUACAUAGUGCUGCCUAUCUACUUGAAGGAGAUCAGCGAUAUUGAUCUCAGAGGCGCUCUUGGGUCGCUGCUUAUACUGAACAGGAAUAUAGGCUACCUAUCCAGUUACAUUUUCGCGGACUUGCUGGAUGUAACAACAGUGCUGUGGAUCGGUCUACUUGUGCCGACUGUGGUGUUUUUUACAUUCCUGAUUAUGCCUGAGACGCCGGAAUUUCUAGUUAAACAAGGAAAAGUUGAUGAAGCUAAAACGGUUCUUGCAUGGCUUCGAGGAGUAAGCGUGAUAGACUCGUCUUUGGAAGAGGAUAUGGACAAAAUAGUUAAAGCGGAUAAACGGACGCAAGCUGACACGAAAUCUGCCUGGAAUAAUAUAAUACACGACCGGCCAACACUUAAAGCGUUCAUCAUCACCCUGGUCAUCAAAAUAACACAGCAGUUCGAUGGCUACUUGAUCGUGUUAAUCUACGCUGGAUUUGUCUUCGCGAAAGCAGCCGACUCCAUCACCCUCCGACUCAGUCCGAACAAACAGAUCAUAAUGAUUGGCGUCGUACAGCUGCUGGGUUCCAUCGUAGCCACCUGCAUUGUUGAGAAGACUGGGCGUAAACUCCUCUUGGUCACCACGUCGCUAGCGAUGGGCGUGGGCAUGCUGACUUUAUCGGCUUGGUUCUACGUGACGUCGGCAGACAUCUGGCUGCCAGGCUGGCUACCAGUGCUGGCGAUGUGCGUGUGCAUCUUCGCCGAUGCGGCCGGAUUCCAGCCCAUAUCCUACAUCAUUAUUACCGAUUUAUUUACCUUCCAGUUGCGUGGAACGGUCUCAUCAUUCGCAAACAUUUGCGCCAAGCUAAGCAACUUCAUCCAAAUGAAAUGGUUCAACAACGUAAGCGAGUUGAUUGGCAUACAUUGGACGCUUCUGUUCUUUGCCGUAGUCUGUUUUGCCGCCUCUUUCUAUACUGUUAUAUUCUUUCCGGAAACUAGAAAUAAGACUGUGGAAGAAAUCUACGCAAAACUUGCCAAGAGAAAAGCCAUUGAGAAAAAAGAAGUGGAAGAUGCAAAAUCUGUGCCGUAA